GCGGGAAGGGCGCUCUGGCCCGCGCCGCCUCUGUAGCCCAACGCGCUGCCGGCCUAGGCUGCCGAGGGCUGACGUUGGACAACAAAGAUGGCGGCGGCGGGGGGCAGCAGCAACUACUGGGAGGAUCUGAGGAAGCAAGCCCGGCAGCUGGAGAAUGAGCUGGACCUCAAGCUGGUCUCCUUCAGCAAGCUCUGCACCAGCUACAGCCACAGCAGCUCCCGAGAUGGAAGGCGCGACAGGUAUAGCUCCGACACAACCCCUCUUCUGAAUGGAUCGAGCCAAGACCGAAUGUUCGAAACAAUGGCUGUGGAAAUAGAGCAGCUCUUGGGGAAGCUCACGGGGAUAAAUGACAAGAUGGCCGAAUACACCAACAGCGCCGGAGUCCCAUCCCUCAACGCGGCUCUGAUGCACACCUUGCAGCGGCACAGAGACAUUUUGCAGGACUACACACACGAAUUCCACAAAACCAAAACCAACUUCCUGGCAGUGCGGGAAAGAGAGAAUCUCAUGGGUUCGGUGCGGAAGGAUAUCGAGUCCUACAAAAGCGGGUGUGGCGUCAACAACAGGAGGACAGAGCUUUUCUUAAAGGAACACGAGCACCUUCGGAACUCUGACCGGCUGGUAGAAGAGACAAUAAGCAUUGCCAUGGCAACAAAAGAAAACAUGACCUCUCAACGAGGGAUGAUGAAGUCCAUACAGAGCAAGAUGAACACUUUGGCCAACCGGUUUCCAGCUGUCAACAGCCUGAUCCAGCGGAUCAACUUCCGCAAGCGGCGGGAUUCCCUCAUCCUGGGCGGCGUAAUUGGGAUCUGCACCAUCCUCUUGUUACUCUACGCCUUCCAUUGACGGGACGCUUUGCACAGAGACUUCUGAGCUUUCGGGGGGGGGGGUCCAUUGCCUAGUCUGGGAGGGACAGGCAGGCAAAGACUGUUGGAGUGCCCCCCCCUCUGGUGAAAUCGAAGAGG